AUGGACACCGGAGAGCACGCGGCGACAGGGGCCGUGCCGGUGCCCUCUGGCGUCACUGGCCGGGUCCUCGCCGCAGUGAUCGCGUACUGGAUCGGCCGCGAUGCCGUCGGCACUGGGGAUCUCGGCAGGUAUGACGAAGAGUACGUCGCCGGGCUCAGCCACGACGUUCGCGUGGACAUCAUCAACGCGGCGUUCCACCUGGGCGAGCGGGGGCUCUUCGAGCUCUUUGGCCCACCGGUUGCCCCAUGUGCCUGA